CUUAAAUGCUGAUGGCAGUCAGCAUUCCAGAUCACCUUACAAGGCUGGGUGACACGGAUCACUGGGCAAAGACAUUCUGCUGCCUCUUGCUCUUGGGGUGUCUGCAAACAUGAAGCUGUGUGUGGUUCUCAUUCUCCUGCUGUUUGAGGUACCUAAAGAUGAGGCACGGACCAAGAAGUGUUUUAACAAUAUAUCAGGCUUCUGCAGGAAAAGGUGCCAAAUGGGAGAGAUUUAUGAAACGGGAUGCCUGGGUGGGAAAUUAUGUUGCGUGAAAGAAGGGGAAAACCAACGAUACAAGGACUCCCACAAGCCGGCAGAGCCGAGCAAGGACAAGUCCGAUGGCCUGCAGGACUAUGUCGUGCUGCCCACCAUCACACUGCUCACCACCCAGCCAUGACUGAGGCCCUCGUCUCCGGAUCUCUGUUGGGCCUGUGAUGGAAGGGCCACCCAAAGCAGUGGCAAGAAAUGCGUGUACUUUCUCCUGUGAAUUUAAUCCUCACAUAAUAAAAGCCAGUGUUGAUCCUUGGA